AUGACACCUGAGGAUAGGAAUGCUCUCAGCGAGUUGGAAGGCCGAAUCGCAGCCAUGGAGAGGAGACUACGAAACGCCAGAGUGGCCAGGGAUUCCUACGUAAACUUUCUGAAGGAGAAGUACCCUGGUUGGCAACCAUCGACAUCGUUCAAGGCAAGCAAUACAUACGAGGACACACUGGUGAAUCGGUUGCUCACUUCUGAGUACAACUGGGAUGAGGAGAGGGAUCAAAGGCAAAGAUUUGUGCUGAAACUGAAGCCGCGACCUCUCUACGAGGAUAUCCCAGCUAGAGGACCACUGUUGGCAUCGGAUUUGGAAAGGAUUCGGCGACGGCUAACGGAGAUUUCUGGGCAACUGCGUUCUAUCAGAGAAACUCGACUCAAUCUCAGCACAGAGGAUUACCUGAGGAGUAAAAUAAACAUUGAAGAUCGCUACGAUACCAAUUCAUCCCUCAUGGCCAUUCGCAGCCGCCUCAGCGACAUCGCGUUGACGACAUUUGAGCCCGUGGCAACACCAACGUCUGAGCAGAUCACCAACAUGAAGCUGGCUGAGGAACAUGACCAAUACAUCGAUGGUAUACGAGCUGGUCGCAUCCUCUCUUCCUUGGUAGAACUACCGAAACCAGCCGCCUCUACAACAUUCGAACAGCCAGCGACUGUAGAAAACGCUGUUGAAAUAGAUAAGUCUCAAAUACCGAAUGUACAACAAGAGGAGGUUCAUGACUCCAACAAACCGCAUGCAGCUCUGGAAGCGCACAUUCAAGAAAGGAGGGUGGUAACGAUCGCGAACGAAGUACCGCAACAGAGCCAAGUCAGUACAGUAUCAAAAGAACCACCCGCCCAAAUAGUUCCUUCUCGGCAGCCCUCCGUUUAUCAGAAGAUGAUGGGCAUUUUUGGUAACACCAAUAGCAGCGAUACUGACGAUGACAUCUCCCUACAAGUAAAGCCACCUCCUAGGAUUGUGGACACCCAAGCGUCACUGGCUCAACCCGUAGUACGACAAAGUAGCUCGAGUAUGCUAUCACAAUACUUAACCGCAGGAAACUCCACUGCCAAAGACGCCACUUCGUCGGAUAGUGACGACGAUUUCUUCAAAUGA